UAGACAUCGCAAACUGGUCAUCGCAUCGUAAACUUGACCUUUAUCUCUCGAUCGUAUUAAAAUAAUAUAAUAUUUUUUUCCAUUAUUGUGAAGUGAGAAUCGUGCGCGGCGGACGCGCGUUCGAGUCUCGGCAAUUGUGAAUUGUGAUUGGACUUUUUUCGGUUUUCGUGAAUAAAAUAAAAAAUGAUCAAGGCGCUAUGCUUGGUGCUGGUUGCUUUAGCGGUGCCCAGCCACGAGCAGCAGGAUGUUCCGAUAUCGCCAUGCCCCAACGUGUUCCAAUACGAGCCGCCUGGUACGGAGCCCGGCCGGUGGUACGGAAACGUCAACCUGUCUACUGACAGCACACUGCACUCGUUGUGGCUGAAUAUCGUACUGGAUAGGAAGGCUGAUAUAUUGGGGAACUGGAUCGGCGAUGUGACCACGGCGGACAAUAUAGACUUCAAGAUCGAAAAUACGAAGAUGAUGAUACACCCAGGCCCGGCGGUAGCGGUGCGCUUCUUCGUGCAAUACAACACUUUGAACCCACCCACGCCCAAGUUGAAGGCCAUCAGGUUGAACGGCAGAGAGAUCUGCAACGCUGAUAAUCCAGCCCCAGCUGUGGGAAGGCCGGAGACGAGGCCUGGAACUGUACAAGCAAGGCCGAAACCAACAACCGAAACUCCAGAGUACCCCGUGUUCAAACACCCUGUGAACUCACCGAAUCCUGUAGAUAUUGGUGGAGGGCAAGUUGCGCCGGGCAACGAAUUCCAACAAGUGACCCGACCCACCCAGAGACCGACCUCGAGACCCCGACCCCGACCGCAACCCCAGCCUGACGACGAUGAUAACUACGACGACGAUAGUACCGGAAAGCCGUUCAGUGGAGGUCUACCCACGUUCAUCAUUCCAGAUAGAGGGAGUGGUUCUAGGCCUUCUACAGUCUUCGAAGAAAACAAUAAUCCGGAGCAAUGCGGCAAAGUGUUGCGGCAGAACCCCAACCCGCUGGUGGUCGGGGGUUCCCCCACAUACGAGGGAGAGUGGCCCUGGCAAAUAGCGUUAUACCAAACCCAGACGGUGGACAACAAGUACAUCUGUGGGGGCACGCUGGUGUCAGCGCGGCACACGGUGACGGCGGCGCACUGCGUCACACUGAAGGGCUCGAACCGCGUGGCCAACAAGAACACGCUCACCGUGUAUCUGGGCAAGCACAACUUACGCACCUCUGUCGAUGGCGUGCAGAUAAGACUGGUGUCCCAUGUGCUCAAGCACCCUGAAUACAACGCGUCGUCUUAUCAGCGCGACAUCGCGAUCCUGACGCUGCGCGAGCGCGUGCAGUUCACAGAAUGGGUGCAGCCCGCCUGCCUGUGGCCCGACAACGACCUGUCGCUCAAGAACAUAGUGGGGAGGAAGGGAUCGGUGGUUGGGUGGGGUUUCGAUGAUACUGGCGUGGCUACCGAAGAACUGAGCUUGGUGGAGAUGCCAGUGGUGGACACGGAGACCUGCAUCCGUUCAUACAGCGAGUUCUUCGUUCGCUUCACAUCGGAGUAUACCUACUGUGCGGGAUAUAAAAACGGAGUCUACAAUAAAUAUACGGGGACAAUAGAACGCACGUCGGUUUGCAACGGCGACAGCGGCGGCGGCAUGGUGUUCCGCAUCGGCGACUCGUGGUAUCUACGCGGGAUAGUAUCGUUGUCCGUGGCCCGGCAGAACGAGUACCGCUGCGACCCGUCACACUACGUAGUGUUCACUGACGUAGCCAGAUUCCUGCCAUGGAUCCAGCAGAACAUCGUUUAGAUCUCCCGCGCGAGCCGUGCUUGACGGCAGCCAUUUUGUUUUAGGAUUCUUUUCUAUUGUUAAGAGCAAAGACAUAUAGAAUGGAUUGAGAGUUCCGUUUCCAACUGUUAAGUACAACAAAAGUAACUAAGUGUGGGAGAGAUGAAGCGAUCGGACGGCCCAUAGUCAUGGGCAUUCCUAGGGGGUGGCAAGAGUGGACAAUUUGGCUCUAAAAUUCUCUUUUCCCCACAGAAUUAUACCUAAAGGCAGUACAGGCAUUACUGACCUAAUAUAUUUUUAAUUAAGAUUUACUAAUUCUAGAAGCAAAUCGUAACUGCCCCCCGCUAAGUUAUUGGCUAUAUUCAGACCCCUCUUUCCCAGUGGACACUUUGGGCAAGUUCCCAGGGCCCCGCGAUCGAUAGGGGGCCCCCUCAGAUCAAAUACAAAGUCCCUAGUUCCUGUUAAAUCAUCAAACGGGGGUCAUAGGGGCCCCAUUAUCCUAAUAUGCCCAGGGCCUCCAAUAGGUCAAAGACGGCACUGGCUAUAUUACUCUCACUUUCUAGAAAGUUGUCAUUUGCAUGUGUCCUCCCACAAUCCAUUCCCUAUGUCUUUGGUAUAGAAUUAGGUAGGUAACGCAGUGCAGCUCAUUUGUGUUUUUAUUAAUGUGAAAUUAUAAAGGUUUUUGUGAACAUAUUCAUUGGCUUUUCAUUGGCUAGCAAAUUACCUAAAUAUUCGAGUUUUCUUUUAAUAACAUGAUUGUACCAUACAAGACGCAAGUUGUGUAUAGAGUUUCGGAUUUCUCGAACUAUUUUCGUUCUCGAGGCACGGGAAUUCUCGUGGCCAAAUUCUAGAGUCUCGAGGCUUUCAAAAAAGACAUAAUUUACUUAUAAUAAGUAAUAAAAUUUAAAGAGAAUAAACAUGAAAGAAACAUUUUUUUAUUGCCUCCAACUGCAGUUCCUUAGAAAAAAUUAAACAUAAAAAUCUUAAAACUUACAACAUUUACGAACACCAAAAAGGAACGCAAAACUUUAGUAUCAAGCUAUUGCUCUAAUAAUAAUAUAAUAUGUGUAUUUAUUAGCUUUAACUUUGAGGUCAUUGAGAUGAAAUAUAACAGAAACAUUCCAAUAAUGUAAAUUAUGAUUAUCAAAUAUUUGAUACGGAUAUUGUACGGAAUCAAGGAGCUGAAGUUAGCGCUAACGAUCACUCGAAUAGAAAGAUGGCCACUUCUCUAUAGCGCCCGAUGUGUGGAAAUCUUAUUGUAGUUUUCCCCACAUCUUUUUAUGAAAAUUUUUGAGGAAGAAGAGUCUUAUAAGUGUACUAUGUAAGUAGGUACUGACUUAUGUUACUGAACCUUUUGUCCUAUUGUAUACAAAUAUUAAGCCGAGGUCGCACUGGCACGGCGACUGCGAUGCGACGCGACGCGACGACACAGUGCAAGUAGAAACAUAUGCAGUACGACCACCAACAUUUGUUUAAAUGAGUUUGUUAUAACGAAAUCACCGUCGUGUCGCGGACGCCGAACCAAUGCGUACUCGGCCUUAGACUCUAUGGUCCAAUUGCGCGAUAGUUCUUUACUCGAGUUAAGGCAUAAUCGUGUUUAAAACAUCAUUGCAUAUUUGUCAAUUGUUUAAAGUAAAAAAAAAUAUAGAAUGCGGCUUCAACCUGAUUAGCGUUUACACUUGAAUAACGAACUUUCGUGCAAGUGAGCCUAAUAGUGUCAGAUAAUACUCAAUUAAGUAUACUAAGUAUUUUAGACUCAGCUAAUAAUAAUAAUGAUAACUUAUCAUGUGUUAGAUACACCCAAAAACAAAUUUUGUAUUUUUUUCUGCUCAAACUGCAACUAAGUAACGCUGUGAUCAAUUUUAUUCGAAUGACAAGAAAAAUAUUGAACUUUGUAAUUAUAAUUAGACGUAUUGAAUGAAGUUGAGAUUACAAAACAAAUAAAAUUUCGAAAGUAAGAAAUCUGCAUUUUUUUUGUCCCCCAUGCACUACUAACUUAACGACACUAAUAUCGUCUCAAGCCGAUGCUGCCCCUUAGACCCUGCCUAGCGAGCUCUAGCAAGCACGCGAUCAACGCUGACGCUGUAAAGGUCAUCCGCGACCAACAGCAUACACACUCAAAAAAAAACAAUUACGGAUCUGUCAAAAUUCGUACUUGAGGUACUGUACCCCUAGCACGAGCCAUUAUCGAAUUCGAAUAGUUUUCAAACCGAAAUAUCAAUGUCAAAUUUUGUAUGGAAAC